GAUUUAUUCAGAAAAAUAUGGUUGCUAAAAUUGUCUGAAUUCUCUCCCUUUUGUUGUUAAUCUCAAGAGCAAGAAAGAUGAGAUAUGAUGAUGAGAGUUACAAUCCUUCCUUCAACAGAGAGUUUAAUGAUGAUUACUAUGAAGACGAUUAUGAGUACGGAAGAACAAGGCUAAACCACAAUUAUUAUGAUUAUAAUGAGGAUUCUCUGCCAAGUAGAAAGUUCCACCAGGAACACGCCUGGGAGACCAUCUAUAACAGAGACAGCUAUGAAGAAUUCUUAGAUGAAGAGGAGUCAGAAUCAGCACCAGAGAUGCCAAAUUCAGGAUCUCGUCUCGAGACCGUUGCUGGGAUGGAGGCCAACAACCCAGGAGAGGUGCUUAAGUCAGAGAAGGAAGACAACCCAGGCCAUACCUUCAGCUUGGUCAUCUUCAUCAUGACCUUGUUUGUGGCAAUCAAGUUCCUGUUCAUGAAUACGAAUUUCUUCUUAGUGCAGCAAAAGGAAUCAUUCGAGAGAAAUGCUUACUACUCGUUGCUGAAAGAUAUCUCAUUCAUGGUGGGAAUCAUGUUGGUGGUCCUCAUCGUUCACUAUUAUGAAGGUUUCACCUCAUUCAACACUAGUGUGGACAAUGUCCUGUACGGCAUGUUCUUCUUCAUCCUCUGCUAUAUGAUAUUUGGAUAUUUUAUAAUGAAGGCCUCCUUCAAGAAAAUAAAAGUGUUUAAUGAAUUUGAGAAAGUUACUAAGGAUAGAGCUAAACUUAGCCAAAUGAAGGUCGAUUUUGAGAAUCAGUACUACGGUCCAGAAGGUGUGGAGAAAGGACUUAAGGGGACAGUAGAAUAUAUUCUUAUGAAACAGAGCUUUAUUAGUCCUGUAGAAUUACCCACGGUGACAGAAUCUUACCUUAGAAAGGAUUUUGACCUUGCUUUAUAUUUUGGUCAUUGCCUCUCUGAAUUUUUGUCAAAACUAUUUUCAUUCGACCACCAAGCUUAUUUGAUUAUUUUCUGUGUUGUCUUAUUCUGGAAAGUGUGUAGCAUGAUUGACAUCCUUUUCCAGAGUGUAUUAAUGGUUUUAUUCCCAGUGACCUCUUUUAUAUAUCUCUGGAUUCAGAACAGGCAAUACAAGAGAAUUUAUAAAAACCUCAACCCAAAAUUGAACAUCUCUGGGAUAAGUUACUUUGAAUCGAACUUAGAGAUUGAAGAUCCUUUCGAGCUUGCCAAAAGCACGCCUUGUCCUGCCUACAUGAAGGAUAUUCACAGUCAGGCUGUCGAAGAUGACUCUGAAGAAGGCUCCUCAGAAUCUGAUGAUGACUCUGUCAUGAACGGAGUCAGAUCCAGGAAUAAAUCAAAAAGUAAGUCUGAAUCCAUCCAAGAUGGUCUCAACGACUCUAUCUGUGGUGAAGAGUCGGAAAAAUCUAUCGAAGAAGAAAAGAAUUUAUUUAAGAGCUCUGAGUCUUUCCUGGGCACAUCCCAGAACAGACAUGAGAGGCUCUUCUACUUGGGCAAAUUUGGAAUCUUCCUAGAAAAGCUCUGGAUGCAAUCUUUCUUCGUUCAGAUGAUUCUUUGGAUAUCACACUUGGUUGAGUACAAGUAUUUACUCAGAGAAGGAACUGAAGAUUAUUACAUUACUAGGAAUGGAAAUAUAGAUUACAUCAUCAUGCUGGUGUCCUUGCUAAUCGGGCUCUAUAACCUUCUGGUUGUAUUUCCUAGGAACAUCUUCAAUUUAGUAGUAAUUACCAGCAUUCAGAUGAUGAAGAAGAAGGAUAUGAUCGAUGAAACUAUUAAGGAGCAGAGAUACCAGAGAUCCCUACGCUCAUUCAGACUUUAUAAGGUGUUCAAGAUUAUCAGAAGGGAGCUCAUAGAUUAUUUCAAUGUUGAACUGAAGGAUAAGCAACUAGAAACUCCUACUAAGAAGCUCAUUGAGGAGAAUUACUCCUUAAGUCUGUCUAAAGACAAUCAAAAUCGUGAAUCAAUGGAUAUUUCAAAAUUCUUUCCUCUUUGUGGCACUGAAGGAACUCUUUUUGAGAAGUUCUUACUUGUGAAGAAGUCUGGGGAUGAAGGUAUUAAGCCAGAGGACCUUAUCCAGGCAAUUCAAGAAGCUACCAACGAUGUCAAUAUUGAUCCAUAUGAGACAAUAAAAACCAUCUUCACUCUUGUGAUGAAAGACAAAGAGUGCCUAACGAUUGAGGACAUUAGAAACUUCUUCAGCACCUAUGAAGGCUACUUUGAGAAGGGUGAUCCUGAAUUCCUUCUCAAUGAGCUGGCCGUCAUGCAGAGAAGCCAGAUGAAUAUCCAGGUGCAUGAGAUAGCUUCCUUGAUUAGGGAUGACAUUGAGUGCUUCCCAAGAUAACUUACUCAACUUAUUGGCUAUAUGCCCUUCAACCUUAGA